GGAAGAGUGUGACACACAAAAACUGUCCUCCUUAUACAAUACGUUUGAUGAUAGAGGAUGAACCGGUAGACAUGGAGCUAGAUACUGGGGCGGCGGUCACCAUUGUAAACCGCGGUUCAAUGAAAAAGCUACCACCUUUGCUACCGUGCAACUCGAGAUUACAGACGUACACAGGUGAUCCAAUUCAGGUGUUGGGCAGAUGUUUCGUUAAAGCCAGGCACGGGGAGCGAGAAUUCACCCUGCCCUUAAUCGUUGUACCUGGGAACAAACCGAAUCUCAUGGGUCGAGACUGGAUACAGUUCUUUCCCGAGACCAUGCAACUCAACCAACUCACUGUUGAAGACGGCAGUUUGAAUGGAUUAUUGAACGAGUUCUCAUCGUUGUUUGAAAAUAAACUGGGAAAAAUGCGUCAUUUCAAGGCUUCUAUCAAACUCCGAGAGGGUGCCGAACCAAAAUUUUACAAAGCUAGAUCAUUACCUUAUGCAAUGCGCCCUAAAGUUGAGGCAGAGAUACAACGUCUGCAAUCAGAAGGAGUCAUAGUUCCGGUGCAACAUUCGGAUUGGGGCACUCCCAUUGUACCUGUACUCAAACCUGACGGCUCCGUCCGUAUUUGCGGAGACUACAAGUUGACAGUCAACCAAGCGUCGAAAGUGGAAAAAUAUCCCCUACCACGUAUUGAAGACUUGUACGCGACUUUAGCCGGCGGCCAAAAGUUUUCCAAGCUAGAUCUCAGUCACGCAUACUCUCAGGUCGAACUUGAUGAUGAGUCACAGGAACUGACCACAAUAACUACCCACCUCGGACUAUUCCAGUACACGCGUCUCCCGUUUGGAAUAAAUUCAGCACCCAGCAUUUUCCAACGUAUAGUGGAUAAUAUAGUUAAAGAUAUACCGUUCACCUGUGCAUACUUGGACGAUAUCCUUGUUACUGGUCGCAGUGACUCUGAUCACCUAAACACAUUGCGAACUGUUCUCCUGCGUCUGGAAGAGUGUGGGUUAAAAUUAAAAAAGUCCAAAUGUGAGUUCUUAUCCGAUUCUGUUUGUUACCUUGGUUACAAACUGGACAAAACCGGUUUGCAUGUCCUGCAAGAUAAGAUAGCGCCUAUUGUGCAGGCACCUCAGCCCAAGAAUAGCGAUGAACUACGAUCAUUCCUGGGAAUGCUGUCCCACUAUCGUCGUUUCCUACCUGAUGCCUCGACCAUUCUUGCUCCAUUAAACGAACUGUUACACAAAAACAUCCCGUGGAUGUGGAAAAGUGAGCAUCAAUCUGCUUUUACUUGUGCAAAGAAGUGUCUUGCUUCCGCACCUGUUUUGGUCCAUUACGAUAGUGAAAAACCGUUAAUCUUACAAUGUGACGCCUCUCCAUACGGAGUCGGAGCAGUUCUAUGCCACAAAAUGUCCAAUGGUAUCAUUCACCCGAUUGCAUUUGCUUCACGAACUUUACAACCCGCCGAAAAGAAUUACUCCCAGCUGGAUAAAGAAGCCCUGUCAGUUAUAUUUGGCGUCAAGAGGUUUCAUCAGUACAUUUGGGGGAACUAUUUCGAAAUACAAACUGACCACAAACCACUGAUAUCUUUGCUGAGCGAGUCAAAGGGAAUCGAGCAGAUGUUUUCACCGAGAAUGCAACGCUGGGCAUUAAUAUUAAGUGCAUAUAAAUAUCGAAUCUCGUAUAUUCCUGGGUUGAACAAUCAUACAGCGGAUGCAUUAAGCAGGUUACCACAUGCGACCCCAGACGAAAUACUGGAGGAACCAGUAGAGCUUGUAAAUCUAAUGCAACACCUCGACACCACUCCAUUGACAGGUGACACCAUACGUCAGUGGACCGAUCGUGACCCAACGCUAUCUUCUAUAGUGCGAUUUACAAAAACCGGCUGGCCUACUACAGUUCCCGUCGAUCUUAAACCUUACGCACAACGGAAAAAUGAAUUGAGCCUUCACGAUGGAUGCUUGUUUUGGGGAUCGCGCCUGAUUCCACCGCUAAAGGCACGGCCGUUCAUCAUAAAGGAACUCCACAACGCACAUCCAGGCGUAGCCCGAAUGAAAGCCUUGGCGCGCGGUUAUUGCUGGUGGCCUGGCCUAGAUACAGAGAUAGAGAACUAUCUAAAAACAUGUGGUUUGUGUCAGCAGUAUCAGUCAAAUAAACCUCCCGGUCCGGUACACCAUUGGCGUUGGCCUGAAAAGCCAUGGCAGCGCAUCCAUGCGGAUUACUUUGGACCCAUUAAUGGUGUAUUCUUCCUGCUGCUAAUUGACGCUCAUUCGAAAUGGAUAGAUGUUUAUCCCGUUGCCCACCCUACUACAGAGACAACUAUCUCCAAAAUGCGGUCGUCAUUUGCAAUAUUUGGGAUACCGGAGACACUCUGCACAGACAAUGGGCCAUGUUUCACUAGCAAAGAAUUUGAAAUCUUCAUGAAUAGCAAUGGUGUCCAGCAUGUCCGUACAGCUCCAUAUCACCCUGCUUCUAAUGGGCUAGCGGAAAGGGCGGUGCAGACAAUUAAAAGAGGUCUCUCGAAACAAGCACCAGGAACUGUUCAGACGAGGUUAGAUCGCUUGCUGUUUGCUUACAGGAUAACGCCCUCGGAAGCCACUGGUAAAUCACCCGCGGAGAUGAUGUUUGGCAGAACACUCCGUACCAGACUGGAUCUUCUGUUUCCAAAUCAUAGAGCACAAAUGGAGAAGAAACAAGACAAGGCUGCCGCAUCGCAAAAUAACCACGACUCUAGUUGGCAGCCGGGUGAUCCCGUAUACACAAGACUUCCCCAUGAGCACUGCUGGCAACCCGCAACUGUAAUUAAAGGUGACUGUACCCAAGCAGAUCUUGAAUUAAAUGGUCGAAUAGUACGGCGACACUCGGACCAUAUACGAUCACGUUUUGUUGGGACAACAGCAGAUGAACGUCUGGGUGAAUCAGCAACCGUUCAGCCGGAAACGGAAGCAAACCCCCAGGAUUCUGUACAAUCGUCAGAUGAACCAACGCUUCGCAGAUCUCAGCGUACGCAUAAACCCGUUGACCGGUUCGUGCCAGGAGUAUAAACAUUUCAAGAGAUGAGGGGAUGUCACGUACGCGAAUGACUUCGAUCCGUUUACUCAGCCGUGCGUGGAUUGGUUACCACACACACAGCCAGCCAAUCAUCAGACACACACCCCCGGUCUCGCAACGCGAGUUCCGUGAGUCUUGUACCUUCCUCAAUUGAUUGAUAAACCUCCUGCUGUUUAGACGUCUUCUGCUUGCUGGGAUUACGUGUCUCGGAAGCGUGCGUUACAUGCUUAGUGGUACUACGUAUUA